GCAAUUUGCUCCAUUCCUUGUUGAAGUUGGUCCAAAGUUUUUGUUGUAAACAACGUCGAGCUUUCCGCCUCUUAUCACCAUAGAGUACCUUAUUAUCACCGCCAAUAAUCACCGCACUUCAACGUUAUCACUUUCUUGCUCGUGGAUUUUGACUCGAACGCCGAAUCAUCACCGACUUGCAAGUAAGUUUCACUCCAAAAACCAUCGCUUUUCUUUCUUUCAGUUUUUUCGUCAGUCGCCGAAUAAAUACUCAAAAUUUUUGGGAUGACUCUUGAUGGUAAACCAGGGAAGACCGAUUUCAUUCCAUCGGUUAAUAACAAAUUACCGUAUGAAAUUAUUCUGGAGGAUAACUUGCAAUCAGAAAGUUACAAUGGCAUCAUUCUUCUAUCCCGCGUUUCAUCAACAUGCUCAGUUGUCAAAGAACUAGAAAGCCUGAACAAUGUUUUGGAUGUUGCCGUUGAGAUUGACCGGACAGUAGAUGAUCAAGGUGGUGUUUUUCAAACAACCCUUCCAUCCCGACGACUGGUUUACUCCCCGGUUGGAACUCUCGGUGACUAUGAUGAUGUUCGUUCUUUCCACGAAGCAGCUGCUCAUGGAAUAAAAAGAGCCCUUUCAGCAGGAGUCACAAAGCCACUUUUAAUCUUACCACAGCAUCCUGAUUUCCCAAAAUGUCAAUUAGUCUCUCUGUUGGGUGCCUUGUCAGCUCUUUAUAGUGGUAUUCAGUUCAGAGAGCAUGAACCCAAUAAAUUUCCAAAACUUACGAAGCUAGCUAUUUUUAAUCCAAGUACCUCUCCUGAAAUAAAAGGGAUAGUGGAGACAGCCAAGGCUUUAGAAAGCGCCAGAUGGGUGGCAAGAGAUAUUGGAGUGGGAGAUCCCGAAAGAAUGACCCCAGCUGCUGCUGAGGCCUACGUUCAGCAGGUAUUUGACAAGUCUAAUGUUGAAAUCCGUGUUGUUAGUGAUGUCGAUGAACUUCAGAAAGAGUACCCUCUGUUCGCUGCUGUUAACCGAGGAGCUAGCGGUGUUGAAAGGCACAGAGGAAGGGUAGUAUGGCUGAAAUAUAAACCAAAAAGUGGAGAAGUAAAACGCUCCAUUGUUCUGGUUGGAAAGGGGGUAACAUUUGACACAGGCGGUGUGGAUGUCAAAAUCAACGGAGCAUCUGUUGGAAUGUCACGAGACAAGUGUGGAGCAGCUGCUGUUGCGGGAUUCAUGCAGUUGGUAAGCAUUCUAGCACCGGCUGAUGUUGAGAUCAUUGGUGCUUUGUGUCUUGUGCGCAAUAGCAUUGGAUCAAAUGCAUACACUGCAGAUGAGGUGAUUGUCUCCCGUGCUGGCAAAAGGGUCCGUAUCGGAAACACUGAUGCUGAGGGUCGAAUGGCUAUGGCAGAUGUCUUAUGCGAGGCAAAAGAGUUGGCCAGUUGUCUUCCAGACCCUCAUCUAUAUACAAUUGCAACACUAACAGGACAUGCGUGGCUCUACGCUCAAUGCUACUCAAUUGUCAUGUGUAAUGGACCUGCAAGAGAAGGUAAAAUAAACUCCCAGCUGGUUGAAAGUGGGCAGAAAAUUGGAGAUCCUUUCGAGUCGAGCACUCUGCAACGUGAAGAUUUCUCAUCCCAUAAAGAGAGUCACGAAUACUCCGAAAUCUUGCAAGCUCAUAGUAAACCAUCUGUUCAAACAUGCCGUGGACAUCAAGGCCCUGCUGCAUUUCUAAUAAUGGCAUCCGGCCUUCAAGAGCACGGUUUAAAAGCCGAAACUCCAUUGAAAUACUCGCAUUUGGACAUUGCUGGAAGUGCUGGCGAUUUCCCGUAUGAUCCAACCGGAGCUCCAAUUCUAGCGCUCGCAGAAAAUUACCUGCUGUAAUCAUUAGGAAACAAUCUGUGGAGGACUUACUAUAAGGUGUCAUCUGCUUAAUCUUCAUUUGCUUGUGACUUUAUAUCGUGUAUCCGCCUACCAACUUUGCCCUCUCAUUUUUUAACACAUCCAUCCAAGUUUUAAGUAUUUACUUUUAUCUGCUGUUGUGUAUUCCAAUUUUUUUUUUAUUUUUAAUACGGCAGUUUUGAAGAAUCUUGAAGUGUAUUGUUUUACUUAUUUAGGUAACUGAAUCUGUGAUUUUUUAUAAAAUCAAUUCAAAUGCUCACAAUCUAUUCCUUACUCUCAGAACUUCCAUUUUGUAAUUUUUACUGCCUCCUAGGUUACAUUCUUAAAUUAGUCAAUCAUAUAUUUUUGUAAUAUUCGGUUCCUUAACUCCUUUUUUUCGUUAGUUAUUUGUUAUGUAUUUUUAAAAAAUCAGUCGACUGUGAAUGUAAUUUUGAUACGGCCGUUUUUGGAGUUAAAUUUUCAGAUACUUUAUCAAAUAAAUAAAACUACAUAGUAGCGGAAAGUCACCAUUACAUUUAUUAAAA